UUAGAAUUUCGCUACAGCGAUUACAUCCAUCAAGGGACAAACAUGCGAGAUAUGCGCUCACGUCAAGUCACAUUGGGCAUUCGGCUUGAUGUUCUUGAGUUGGACAAACCUGCACAUCUAAAAUUCCGACAACUUGUUGGUGAUCGAUACAAUAAAGAUACUGAUGUAUUUAUUGUUGAUUCUGAUCGGUGCCCAUCUCGCAAACAAAACCGAGAAUAUUCUGAAUAUCUUCUCACUGUUCUUUAUUAUGAAUCAAACAAAACAGAACCUUGUGAAGCAAUUAAAGAAGAUUUUCCAGUAAAAGAAGAGAGGAGACCUGCUACAAAUUCUUUAAAUGAGAAUGAUACGAUUUUAAGAGCAGCAAAUAAUUAA